CUUACCCGCCAUUCAGCAGAUUCUCUACCCACCCGUUAUUGUUCCCAAUCCCAUGCUCCAUACACCACCCACAAUACUCUCCGAAGUACAAGUCUCCAGGCCGGAAGAUGUACAAUUCCCCCGCCCACGCAACCCAUUCGCUUUGCCCAUCUUGAUCUUCACGAAAAACCAUCUGGAUCGAGCGACAUCUCGUCUUUCCAGUCGCGGUUCGGGCUUCAUCUGUCACUCGCUCUGGCACUGACCCUCUCGAACACAAACCGACACUAGAAAAUAGCACACAUACACAAUGGCCACAGCGGACGUCAGCAUGGCCGACUCCCCCGCCCAUCGCGUUGACCGGCGUGUCAACGGCUCACCCCCGCCGACGCAGUCAAAGCGAGACAAACGCCGUCAGAUGCUAGCCGAUCGCCUUGCCUCGCUCUCCGAGAAGCUAAGCAAAGAUAGAGACCAGGCCUACCGGGAACAACUACACAAGCUCCAGAUCGACACCACGCUGGUCAUGAGAGUCGACCCUUAUGUGGAUAGACCCUUUGACGGCUUCGAGCUAGACCAGCAAAGACUUCCUCAGCUCAAUGGAGACGCUGAUUCCCACUCUGGACCUCAGACGCUGCUCGACAGAGCCGGGCCAAAGUUCUCCGAGUGGAUGGAGAAGGUCCAAGAUCUGGUCGAGCAGCGUGAUUAUGCGCUUACCAAGUACAAGUUCGACUACGAGAAGAAGACAUCCGAGUUCUUGACCACCCACGCCUUCAAGAUCGAGUGUGCGAACCGCGAAUACCGUUCCCUCUCCCAAACGCUGCGGGACCGUUUGAUCAAUACCAUCAUGAGCAAAAAGACCCGGCUGAACAAGGAGAAGGAGGCCCUCGAGAUCUCGGAUGCUUCUGCUCUCUUAUUGCAUCCCAACCAAUUCAGUAUCACCAACCCUGCGAGUCCAGGAGGUGCACACACCAAGCGGGCGACACGCCAGCGCCGGGAAGCGGAAGACACGGGCUUCGAGAACAGAAAGAGGAAACGGAACAAUAACAAUAAUGAGGAUGAUGGCUCACCCGCACCCCAGCGCAGGCCGUUCGAUGCUUCCGGCACUACGGCCCUCUGGCAAACGGACCGCCUUGCCUCGCGCAAGGCCACCGGCACCGUUUACAGCAUUGACAAGCUCUUUACGGACAAGGAGCUCACCAUGGCCUCCAGCGCGGCCACGUUGGCGGCCCGUAAGUACAUCCUCACUCACAAGCCCCCGCUGGAUGAAAACGGCCGGCCUAUCAAGUCGCCCGACAGCAGCGACUCUGGGGCAGGCGACAACGAGGAGAACGACGGAUCGGACUCGAUUCCAUCCGCGCCCAUGAUGGAGAGGAACGUAUCACAUGCGACGCGCAGCGCCCGCGGGGGCGCAAACAACCCCAAUUUCAUGGAUGACAAGCUUAUGGGCAUGGAAAUGCUGGCCAACUUCGACUUCGCAGGCAAUUUCGACCGCAUGCUCGCAGCGGAUCCAAAACUCCCUGCGACGUUCCCGACGACAUAUAUCAAGGGCAAUAAGUUGGAGUACAACGUUCCCAGCACGCUCAAUUCCGAUGACGUGCACGGGGACCUGAUGGUGAUGCAGGCGCUGCGGCAGUACGAUGAGACGCACGGCGUGGGAUCGAACUUCUCGGUGGAGAAUGGCAGUCGCAAGCUGCUCGAGGCGGCGUCGAUGCCGGCGCAGGACCGCCGGUGGGUUGCGUAUCUCCAGGGCGAACGACCAUCGGAAAACCAGGUGAGGAAGCAACUAGGACUUCCCGUCCUAUCCGAUGUCGUGGAGCCGGUCAUGUCCGACAGAGCAGGCACCCCUAAGCCCGGCCAUGCGGGCACUCCCGGACCGUCGCCUUCGAAGGGGGCGGCAUUAGGUGGCGUACCCAUGAGCAGGCAGUCGAGCGCCAACGGCGUGCCAAUGAGUCGGAGUAGUAGUCGGAAGGGCCCGCGAGGCGGGCGGGGUGGUUGAUGUCUAUUAUGGAGGGGUCGAAAGGACGAACAAGCAACAGAGGUGUUCAUUGUUGGAACAUCUGAGACAUAUCUCGUUCAUUUCUUACUUCCUGGAGUUUGGAUUUGCUAUCCAGGCACCCUAUCUGCGACGGCCAUGUCAACAUACGGAACGGGUGGAGCGGUGUUGGGCGGAAACGGCACACGGUUAGGUGCCUUUGCUCU